CUUAAGUCGGUUGAUCUCCCUUUCUUCUAUUCUACGACCUUUCCCCUUCAGAUCCGGGCAGGUUCGGGUUCGUCAACUUUACUUGAAUCCGGAAAUGUGCUUCCCAUUAAGAUUCAUAGGGAUGAAGAGACUGGGAAGAUAUUGAAUUUGGUCUUCGUAUGGGCGGAAGAGGGAACAAAAUUAAAGGUGGACGUUCCUGUUGUAUUCAAAGGGGAGGAAGAGUGCCCUGGUCUCAAGAAAGGUGGCUCUUUAAACAAGAUAAGACCUACUCUAAGGUUCUUGUGCCCAGCUGAGCAUAUACCUCAAAAAAUUGAGGUUGAUGUAAGUCAGCUUGAUGUUGAAGACAAAGUGUCCCUGCAUGAUAUCGAUCUUCAUCCGACGUGGAAGCUCUUAAGCAAGAAUGAGGCGAUCCCUGUUUGUAAGAUUAAGGCAACUUCAAUUGAUAGCUAAUUUUGUCGAAGCUAUUGUGCAACUACUGCAAGAGGCAUUUGAAGUCCAUUAGUUCAACAAGGUUUGUUCUAAUUUGACCAAGCUUUGUAGGUUGAGUACUGUAUAUGGUGCUUGGUCAAAUGAAAUUUGAAGCUUUUGCUAUACUGCAGUAAAUUGUUUUUUUAUAGGGACUUGUUCUAGAAUAAUAAACUUGUGCGUUAAAGAGUAAAUGGCAACUGGAACUGCAGUCUUUUUAA